AGAGAGAGAGAGAGAGAGCAGCAGCCUUUGCGGAAGCUGGAGGAGCCGAGGCGGCGCUAAAUUAAAUUAGCAUACUAACUAGUUAACGGUGCGCCGAUGUGGAUGGACGGGUGAACGGAGCUGCUCAGGACAGAGACGCUUUCUAAAGUCAAGACUCCACCGAUUCCAGGCUCAUUUUGUCGGAUCUUCCUGCCGUCCGCCUGCCGAGGAGAUGGGGGACAAGGCGGGCACCAGAGUUUUUAAGAAGUCAAGCCCCAACUGCAAGGUCACUGUUUACCUGGGAAAGAGAGAUUUUGUGGAUCACCUGGACCAUGUGGAUCCAGUUGAUGGUGUGAUCCUUGUUGACCCUGAAUACCUGAAGGACCGUAAAGUCUUCGUCACUCUGACCUGUGCGUUUCGUUACGGUCGUGAGGAUCUGGACGUGCUCGGUCUGUCUUUCCGGAAGGAUCUCUACAUCUCCACCUUCCAGGCGUUCCCUCCGGUCCCCGAGGAGAGGAAACCAAACAGCCGGCUGCAGGAGAGGCUGCUGAAGAAACUGGGCCAGCAUGCACACCCCUUCUACUUCACUAUUCCUCAGAACCUCCCAUGUUCAGUCACUUUACAGCCCGGCCCCGAGGACACUGGGAAGGCCUGUGGCGUCGACUUUGAGAUCAGAGCAUUCUGCGCCAAGUCAAUAGAAGAGAAGAUUCAUAAGAGGAACUCUGUGCGUCUGGUGAUCAGGAAGGUCCAGUACGCCCCAGAGAAACCCGGUCCUCAGCCGAUGGUGGAGACGACUCGCAGCUUCCUGAUGUCUGACAGAUCUCUGCACCUGGAGGCCUCUCUGGACAAAGAGCUGUAUUACCACGGGGAGCCCAUUAGCGUCAACGUUCACGUCACUAACAACUCCACCAAGACUGUGAAGAGAGUCAAGAUCUCUGUGCGUCAGUAUGCAGAUAUCUGUCUGUUCAGCACUGCCCAGUAUAAAUGUCCAGUGGCCCAGCUCGAGGCAGACGACCAGGUGUCAUCCAGCUCCACCUUCUGUAAAGUCUACACUCUGAUCCCGACGCUCGACAAGAACCGCGAGAAGAGAGGCCUGGCCCUGGACGGAAAACUCAAACACGAAGACACCAACCUGGCCUCGUCCACUAUAGUGAAGGACGUCACUAAUAAAGAGGUUCUUGGGAUUCUGGUGUCCUACAGAGUCAAAGUCAAACUGGUGGUGUCGCGUGGAGGAGACGUGUCGGUGGAGCUGCCCUUCAUCUUGAUGCAUCCUAAACCUGUGGAGCCGCCGGCGUCGCGCCCUCAGUCAGCCGUGCCAGAGAUGGACCCUCCCAUCGACACCAACUUGAUAGAAUUCGACACAAACAGCAUCUCCCAGGACGACGACUUCGUCUUCGAGGACUUCGCUCGUCUGCGGCUCAAAGGCGUCGUGGACGACAAAGACGAGGACUGCUAGGAGCUCGCCGACCUUCAUGCGCUCGCUUCGACGAAACCACCACACACAUCACACGUCACGUUAACAUUCCCCCGCCGGAGGGGACGAUGAGGGCAUGUCUGAGCGGACGCUCGCUGCUGUUCUUCCUCUCUCGCUUCAUUUCGCCGCUGCCGCCGUCUUCUCAUCUGUCUUCUGUUGGUUUUCUGCAGGCGGACGUCGGCGGUUCGACCUCUGCUGUUUGUUUGUCGUGGGGUCGGACGGGUGUGAGCUCCGAAAUGUAGAAAUCUGUCUUCUUUUACUUUCAGAUCCUUUUGAAUGUCGACCGCCUUGUACAAACAGAAUAUAUAUUUGAAACAUAGAUGAAAAAAAUUAAUCUUGUACGAGCAGUUGAGGUCUGUGUUCGCCGUUUUUCUUCGAGUACAUACUGUAGAUGCUUUUUACAUCGCGCACACACACACACACACACACAGCAGUCUUACGCCGCCGACUGAAGCUCGAUUCACCAGCAUCCACUCGCUCUCGUCGCACUCCAAACCCUCGUCCAUCUCGUCAAAUGUCCGUCACGGCUUCUCUGUGUCUAAACGCUUUGAGGCGUUCCAGCGGCUCGAGUUUUGCUCUUUUCUCGCUGUUAACAUAUCAGACGUCAAACAGCUGCUGUAGUUUAUUAGCAGAGAAACAGAAGGAAAUAUGUUGGGGACUAUUUUUAGCAGCGUAUUAAUCUACAUUUGUCUUAUAGUUUUGUUUCUAGACUACACCUGCGUUCAAGCCCAGAACACAAUAAAAGUUCAAAUUCAAGCUGAAGUAAGUAGUCGUGUGUUUCGGAGGUUUACUAUAUGUCUAGAGCAGCGGCGAUUCAUCGAUUAGUUGACGACUGUAUUUGCGAUGGUUCACAACUAAGAAAUUUCUUCAUAAAAAGUUGAAAUUCUUUGAUUCUGGUUUGUUCCGUCUUCUCCAGCAUGAUAUAAAACAAACUAAUCGAUAAAUCACGAAAAACAGCUUGAUCAACAAUGAAAGUAAUUGUUCGUCUCAGCUGAAGAAUGUUUUAGCUGAACUCUCACAUUUUGGAGGUAAAAAGAAGUCUGUCUUUUGAGUUUUUGUUGAAUUGAAAAGAAGUAUUGGCAGAAUUGAUACACUGAUUUGGAGCAAAUAUGUUUUGGGCCCAAAAAGUACAACUAGAGUCUGUUUUUCAGAGUUAUGGACCAUUCUCGACUUGUCCCCCCUUGUCACAAAGAAAAUUUGUUGCAUUUUACAGAUUAACUAUUACACCUCUGUGCAUUUUACAUUUUAUACGUUACAAAACAAAAGAUAUUUCUGUAUAAAAGCAAAUAACUUAUAAUUUUUUGGCUCAACUACAAACAAAUAUGGUUAAGAGAAAAUAUCAUUUAAACCUCAUUUUCUGUGUAAAUAAAAACUUUUCAGUCAGUUUAAACUUAGAUUUGACUGGAUUUAAGACAAAAACUACAUUUCAGUUUCGCACGUAUUUCAGCCAAUGUCAGCGAAGGUUAUUUAAUGUCAAGAAUCAACAGUUAAAGAAAAUGUUUAAAUCCAGUUUGCUUUCAUCGAGUUUCAGGUUAAAUUUUAAUUAAUACAUAGAUUUGGAGCAAAUACUUUUGGUUAAAAAAAAACACUACACCUUGAGUCUGUUUUUCACGACUUAGUUUUUCUCCACGUCACAAUUUAAGAAAAUUUGUCUAUUACAAAUGAUUAACUAUUAAACCUAUGUGCAUUUUACAUUUUAUAGCAACAUUUAAAUUGAGUUGUUAUAGAACAAAAAAAAGAUAUUUCUGUAUUAAAGCAAAUAACUUGCAAAUUUUUGGCUCAACUACAACGAAGUAUCAUCAUGGUUAAGAAGAUCCAAACAAAAUAACAUUUAAACCUCAUUUUCUGUGUAAAUAAAAACUUUUCACUCAGUUUAAACUGGAUUUAAGACAAAAAAAAAAAAAACUACAUUAGUGUCAGGUUCGCGCAUUUUUCAACCAACGUCAGCGAAGUCGAUGUUAUUUAAUGUCAAGAAUCAACAUUUGAAGAAAACGUUAAAAUCCAGUUUGUUUUCAUUGAGUUUCAGGUUAAAUUUGUCCCCUUCCUGCUUCAUCUGUCCGUUUUUAAAAUACCGAAACAUCUGCUUUAAAGUACAAAUAAAACUCGCGUCGUGCUGGAAUCGUUUCUUAAAAUCGGCUCAGACUUCGGACCAGACGUGGACCUCGUCUUUUUUUUUUUUUUUCUUUUCCAGGCAAUGUUAAAGCUUGUCGUUCAGUUUAGUGACGUUUUGUUAAAUAAGCCUCGUAACGGUUCAGUUCUCAGCGGGAAACUGUCGAAAUAGAGUUGAAACGUUAACGUGUGUUUCUGCUGCCAUUGAAGGAUCAUCAGCUCGUCAAAGGGAAACGCUGCUGUUCGUUUGGUUUAUCCUCAUCUCUGCUUAAAAAACACACAAAUAUCUUUUUAAUAUUGUUUUUUUUUAUUUUUCAUAAUUAACCCACUUCAUUGAAUUUAACCUCUGCUGUAAACUGCACUGUGCCUUCGAAAUAUUUACGUUGCCAAUUUCCAAAAUACUAACAAAUGCCAGAGUUCGUCGUUGCUCAUAAAUAACUUUCAGUGCUUAAUUAUAUUACGAGUAUUUUGAAAGAAUGUGUCAAAAGACCAUGUAAAUAUGUUUUUCUUGGAUGAGAACGUUUAAACAUGGUGUUGAUUUUAAGAUUUCACUAAUUCUAAAAUUAAAAAUGCUCAUAUUUGCUGAAAAAAAGCCUGUAAAUAUGUAUUAAAAGCAAAAAAAUGUCAAAUUUCAUGGUUAAGUCGAUUACGAUAUUUUACAAUUUAAAAGAUAUUCAUGUACGAUAUCGGCUUGAAACUAAAACCUGUCAUGUAAAGUAAAAUAAUGUGUUUCUAAAGAUAUAAUUCUUGCAUCUGGUUGUGAUUUUUAAGAUUUCAGUAAAAAAAAAAAAAAAAAAAAUCUGAAGUAGUCAUAAAUAUGAGUGAAAAGCAUGUAAAUCUGUAUUAAUAUACACAAAAACAAAAAAACUGACGAAAGGAAACGUUGCAUUUUGCUGUAAAUGUAUCUAAAAUUUUAAAAAUUGACGUAAAAUUAACAUUUUUCUGUUAAAUAUGAAAUUAGUCUGAAAUGUAUUACUUUUGUUUUUUUUAACAAACUAUAACUAAACAUUUUAACUUUAUCAUCUUAAACAUCUUAUUAAAAUUAUUUCUCAAAUAAACCAAGCACCUUUAACAUCUUAAACAUAUUCUCUUUUUCCCGAAAUUGUGACAUAAAAUUAACUUGAUGCCAUGAAACAAACGCUUUGUAUAAAUUA